CCUUCUUCGCUUCCUCCAGCUCUCAAGGUUUCAAGCUUGUUGUGGACCAUCCACCAGGAGGGAGCAAGGAACCAGUUGGGGAAGCGGUUGAAAUGGCAACGAGCAACAGCUUUCGGGCUUUGGAAGGCCAUGAGCGUUUGCUCACGGGUCGGGUGCUCAAAGAUAGCUCUGCUGCUUUUCGAGCGCUCUUGAACCACCAACAUGCUCUGAAGGAGCAAGAGAAGCUUUUUGUGAAAAAUCACGAGCGACCCGUGGCCACCUGCUCCACCCAUGCUGCCCAAAUUGUUGAGGCCGUGCAGAAGGUGGCCGACGUGGGCCCAGCCCUGCAAAAAUGUAGCCCAGCUCUUGAAGAUCUUGACACGCGAGUGGGCGAGCUUGACACAUACUGCAGCGACAUCACAACCAAAGCCUUGAAUGCCAGGGCGGCCCGGUUGGAAGCAGCGCGUGAGCGCGAUGCGGGGUUUCUCAACACAAGCAAAGAGCUACAAUCUCUGCAAGCGAAGAUCCUGAGUACCGUCGAGGAUUUGCUAGAGCAGGAGCUUGAAGCAUACGGCACUCAGCUCCGACAAGCAGCCACGACCCUUCAGCCACCCGCAGCCGUUGAUGCAUCCACGCAAUAGAGCCUGGGUCUUUGAUAUGUCCACAGAAUUGUCCCCUCACUCAGCCUAACGUGAAUAAGGGUGACUCCUCUCCAAGGGCCUCAGCCUCUUUGAGUUAAUCACAGUCAACCCUCUUUUUCCUUUGUGUUAGUCAUAGCAUCCUUGGGCAGCGCCCACCCCGUUUCCAUCAUUCCCCAUUGUGCCUGUCUCGGCUUUAGCAGAUGACGUCCCUCCUUGGGAGUCUCGAGGCUCUCUCCCUGAUAUACAUGUUUCGGCAAACAACAUGCAGUUUGCUUCAAUGCUUUGUUGAGAAAUGUUAAUCCUCUCUGUCAAUGGCCGGUCUCCAUGCUGAAUUGAUUUCCUUGUCGUUG